ACGUCAUUCAUCAGUCCCAACGACUCCGACAUCGCAUAAACCCACCGUCUCGCCCGCCAGGCCCGCUGACAGUAUUUUCUUGAUGUCAACUCGAGCAUUUCAAAGAAUCCAGCAUCAAGCAAAUCUACUAUCCAAAGCCCCACGCAUCAUCGGUGCCAAUCGAGGCUUCGCAACCAUGGCAAUAACGACAGAUACCAAGAAUUAUAAGUUCAAUCACUCCAUGCUGCGAGUGAAGGACCCCAAGGCUUCAGUCAAGUUCUAUGAGUUCCUCGGAAUGACCCUGAUCAAGCGCUUGCAAUUCCCCGAAGCCAAAUUCGAUCUCUACUUCCUCGCGUACGACAGCCCGAAGGCCCUGUCGCACGGCAACUCAACCUUCGACCGCGAGGGCGUCAUUGAGCUGACGCAUAACUACGGCACCGAGGACGAUGCCAACUUCACCGUCAACAAUGGCAACAAGGAGCCGCACCGCGGGUUUGGUCACCUCUGCAUCGCCGUGGACAACAUCGCGGCGGCGUGCAACCGCAUCGAGCAGGAGGGGUACAAGUUCCAGAAGAAGCUGACGGACGGGCGGAUGCGCCAUAUUGCGUUUGCGCUCGAUCCGGAUGGGUACUGGGUUGAGAUUGUGAGCUUGAAGAUAAGUACCAAGGGCGCGGAUGACCCGAAUGAGCCGACGGAAGCAAGUGCUACAGACCCCAAGACGUACCGCAUGAACCACACGAUGAUCAGAGUCAAGGAUGCGGAAAAGUCGAUCAAGUUCUACACGGAGACGCUGGGAAUGGAGCUCUUCCGUACGGUGAAACAGAGCGCUGCUGGUUUCAACUUGUAUUUCUUGGGCUACCCUGGCACAAAGGGAGUUCCGGAGAGUGGUUUCACGGCUGAUUACGAGGGGCUGCUAGAGUUGACGUGGAAUUAUGGCACUGAGAAGGACGAGAACUUCAAGUAUCACGAUGGCAACUCGCAACCACAGGGGUUUGGUCACAUCUGCAUUUCGGUUGACAAUAUCGACGCGGCAUGCGAGCGGUUUGAGGGGCUGAAUGCCAAUUGGAAGAAGCGGCUUACGGACGGGCGUAUGAAGAACGUUGCCUUCUUGCUCGACCCCGACGGAUAUUGGGUCGAGGUCGUUCAGAACGAGCGGUUUGCAGAUAAGGAGAACUUUUAAUCUAACGGAGACGUAUAGUAUGUGGCCUGGUUGAGAGCACCAGCCCUCUGGGCGAUGUUUACAGCAAUGAGACAUGAGAUGAGACAACACACAAUGCCAUCUACGACGACAAGUGAACAGCAGAGAACGGCUGACAAACCUCCCGGGAUAAGAUCCGUCAACGUACCAAAUCCGACUUGUCACACUUGGACCAGCUGACAGAUCGCUAAUAUCGCAUGGGGGUCCGCCAACCCUGGUUUGCGGGGGACUUGAACGUGCAUUAGUGGAACGUGGGGGAGGGGUUGCCACGCCCUACUUCAACUGAUGUCAAACUGCGGGGAUCCUGGGGAAUUCCUUACUGUCUAUCCUCUAGUUCCAGUUGACAAUUCGCACUUGAUUUUCCCGAGCUGGACCUGCCAUUGGAUGAACGGGCACAUCUUGAUUAGACAACCCAAUUACUGAGGCCUGGG